AUGUUGCAAAAGAUCUAUGAUUAUUUUUCUACAUUCUUUUCUGGCCGCUUUACUGAGGUUCCACGUACACCAGAAUCAAAUGUCGGUGAAAAUGCUCGCGAAGAUGAUCAAAGCAGUAUUGGGAGUAUUGGGAUUGCAUCGUUCUUUGUUAUGGCUGAAUGUGAUCAAAUGAGGGAUCUCGAGAGAGCAGCUUUUGAACUCAUGGAAAUUGAUAGAAAAUUCAACAAGUUUCAAGACAGUGUGGAAAUAAUGAAAAUAAUAUCCCUGCUGGUUUGCUUCGGUUUGGCUAUUAUAUUAGUUUCAGUUCAAUUGGAAGUGAUUACAAUCAAGUUCAUCAAGAUGAUUUCAAAUUCUGUUUUAAAUUUAACAAAUUAUUUUGCAUCAAGAAGAGAAAACAGUUUUAGUUCAAUUGGAAGUGAUAGAACAAAAACUAAAUAUAGACAUGAAUCAAGUGCACCAGCUACUGCUUCCACGCUAUUACCAACUACAUUAUCUACACCUAUGUUGUUAUUAAAUUCUCAUCAAGAAAGAGCUCUAUCCAAACUAUCUUCAGUAAUGGAGAUGGAAUCUGGUACAAUUUCAUCAAAUGAUGUAUAA